CUGAGGAACCUGAAGGGAGGAACCGGUGUUUUAAUCCUACAAAUGGCGCGCCUAUGGCAUAAAACACCUUCCUACUUCGAAAAGUUGAAACCCUAGAAAUUAUGAUUUUUCUUACAAAUCCAUAUGCACGGUUUCUUUUUUUCAAUGGUUUCAGAGGAUCUUCAUCUCUCCUGUCGUCCUCCCUUCAGACUGGAAAAAGAGACGCAGUGGCCUGCAUCGGGAUGCACACACGCUCUCUUUCUUCGUCAGUUGAGUUUCUAGAGAUUGAAUGUGAUGAAUAUGGUAAUGAUGUAAAAGCAGCAGAGAAAGAUACUGCACUACGUCUAGCUAUCUCCCGACUUGCGGGUGAUUUUGGCAGAGAAUCUAUGUUGUCACUGCAGCGCUUUUUUGUCUCACGACAUGCACCAGUGAUAUCAACAGGAUCAUUAAAACUGGAUCUAGCUCUUGGAAUUGGAGGAUUACCAAAGGGAAGAAUAGUAGAAAUUUAUGGCCAAGAAGCAUCGGGCAAGACAACUCUUGCUCUUCAUAUUAUCAAAGAAGCUCAAAAGCUUGGAGGAUAUUGUGCAUAUCUUGAUGUAGAGAAUGCAAUGAACCCUUCAUUUGCAGAAUCCAUGGGUGUAAAUGUAGAUAAUCUUCUUAUUUCACCUCCGGAUUCUGCUGAAAAUUUGCUGAGUAUGGUUAAUACACUGACCAAAAGUGGAUCGAUGGAUGUAAUUGUGGUUGAUAGCGUGGCUGCUCUUGUUCCCCAACAUGAACUUGAUGUUGUGAUAGGUGGCACCUACCAAGAUGUACAGUCACAAAUUAUGGCCCAAGCUCUGCGAAAAAUUCAUUAUUCAUUAUGCCGGUCCGAAACUCUCAUCAUUUUUGUUAAUCAGGUUAGAUCAAGUUUGAAAUCAAGUCAUGGCUUUGGACGCUUGGAUGAGGUUACUUGUGGGGGAAAUGCCUUAAGAUUUUAUGCAGCUGUGCGGUUGAGAGUUAUGAGAACUGGAUUGCUGAGGACUGAGGACAAGGUUACAGGCCUUGGGGUCUGUGUGCAAGUGGUGAAAAAUAAACUAGCACAUGCAACGAAAAAAGCUGAUCUGGGGAUACAGUUUGGAAGAGGCAUUUGCUUUGAAUCUGAAGUCUUAGAACUAGCCUGUGAACAUGGAGUCAUAUGGAAAGAAGGAAGCAAAUAUAUCAUAGAAGGGGAAGCUUUCAAUAAUAAACAGGAAGCUGAACAGUAUAUGGCUCAAAACAGUGGGGUUUUAGAAAGGAUAGUCUCAUUCCUCAGAAGCCAUUUGUUUGAGAGGGAAAUAUAAAUAUAUAAGGCCCUUGAUCAUACAUUUUACUCAUAUUUGCCUACAUUUGUGAGAGCCAUGCGUCUUUGGACUCUCUGGCCUGAAGGAUCUUUGUGAAGGAGACUGCAAUGAUGUCUCUUCUUCUCCAGGUAGAAAUAUUGCUUUUGAUGCUAGAAAUUAGCAUAUACAGGAUCUGACAUGACAUAGAUAAACCAUAACACAUGAAGUUUGCUCCACCUCAUUUUUUCCUACUUCAGGAUGGUUCGUGUCAUCUAUCACUUCUUUUUCCUGGUGCCUGCUCAUGGGAGCAAUAGCAUGGAAGUAUUCUGCCUUGCUAUGUGCGAAUGAAAGGCAAAACAAUAUGUAUUCUAGUAUACCCCUUUGAUUUUAGUAAAUUGUUGGAACCGUCCCCCCAUAUCAUGAUGUAAUUUGAUGGGAUCGGACUCUGAACGGACUUAUGUUACUCCUAAUUGGACAGGAGCCCGUCCCAUAUAAGAUGCUGAUGAUUUGCUGCUGAAAAAAGUAACUUUUAUGACCA